AUGGGAACUUCGACUUCUGCUGCUCGUGUUGGUUCUUUCCUUUCUCCCUACGUUGUCUUUUCGGUACGUUUAUCCUAUUUUAAAGUGACCUGUCAUUAAAUGCUAAGAUCAGCAAUGUAAGGCCUGAACAAAAUCAUCGUUGGAGACCCUCUGGUCAAUCAGUCGGGUCGGAAGAAACAGGGCGACGAAUUUUUUGAUGCCUUGGUGCUUGAAGACUUUUGUUGUACAGUUUCUCCUGAUCCGACUAUACUGGCCAUUAGUCUUCAAAGAUGUUACAUUUUGUGUCAGAAAGCGAAAACCUUUUAAGAAGGUCAUAUGAAACUUUUUUUCACCGUAUUUUUUGGGUUAUAAGGCGCAACAUGUUUUCGUCAAAUGUUGGAUUCAUAAAGCUCACAAUGUGUUGUAAUUUCGGGGUGCGUCUCAAGGCAAGAAAACAAAAUUUUGCCAACUUUUUUACUCUAAAAGCUCUAGCUGUUCAUCCUCUACUUUGUUACCUGUGGUCAAUGAAAGUUUUGUUACUUAAGUAACAUUCAGGAGAUAUGAUUUUAUUAAGAAGGCCCUUGAUGAUACCAUGAACAAUGACAUUUUUUUGGUCUAUUUCUUGGUUUUAGUAAUUGCGGAUAACUUGUGACUUAAGGAAUUAUACAAGUACCUUCUCUGGAAGUUGACAGUUGUUGGAAGCCCUCCUCUUCACACCGUGCUCCAGUUUGAAAUCCCAACGAAUUAGGUUUAAAUAACAAAACAAAAGUCAUCUAAUCAAUUGAAAGGCCUUCGGUCAUAAGGACAUAUUAAGUACGAAUUGUCGAUAAUCGUUAUUUGUUAUCUUCCUCUACAACAGCAACGUGUUCAUCCUCUCCUGCCGUUUGGCAUCAUGGGUAUCAACGCUUUGAUUGCCGCGCUACUAUGCAUGACAUUACCGGAAACGCGUAACCAACCAACUUUGGAGACCUUUACAACAUCGGAUCAACAAGGUGACACCAUGAAAGAGAUGAUGGUUAAGGAAAGCGAUGAUGGACAUACAGAUGAUAGCCGUUUGUAAAAACAGGGUUACACCAGGUUAACAUAGAUUGCUUAAAUCGACUUAAACCUUUCUCUCUUGUGAGCAGCCCAACGAAAAAUUCUAAAUUUCACUUAUAAAAUUCUCGAUACUUAUGUACUUAGAUAAUGGAUAUAAUACUUAUAUAGAUAUAGAUAUAAUACUUUAUACCAUGCGAAAGUUAAUUCGCCACGAUGCUGUAUCGAAAUGGCCUCAUAGAAUAGAAUAGAAUAGAAAAAUAGAAUAGUUCUUUUUAUUAUUAUUAAACACGGUAAAUUCUAUCAGGAGUAUAAAAAUUCUUGAUAACCUAACUAUCCUAAACAAAAAUGCAAACCUAACUAGAACCAAUCUAACUGAAACUUGGUUUUCAUGAAUGCCAUGUAUACUUAAUAUUAGAAAUUAAGAUUAACUAAUCGUUAAAAACAUGUCACAUGGCAGAACUGCUCCACUAUAACUAAACCUGUUCUUCAUAAAUGCCUACCUCGAUCGAUUUCUCCAUUUCUUAUUGCCACAAAUCCCCCGGUUAUUUCCUCAUAACCAGCUAGAGUUAAGCAAAUUUGGAAGGCGUUUGCGAUAUCUGGUAAAAUGACAUCUAUAUAAAGUAAAGGCUUUUGCCUUAGAAAGAGACAGCAAACUAGCAACCCUGAGGACAAGGUUACCUUGGCUCAGUUGGUUUGGUAGAGCUGGGGAAAACAGCGGAAAAGCGACCUCUUUCAAUCUCGGUAAAUGGCGGUUUUAGGAUUAUUUAUCCCUUGGCGGCUAGGAAAAUAUUCUGCCACUAUUCACGCGUCCCUCGAUUUCAAAUAAUAAUUCAGCGUUAAAUACACUGUAGAUCAUGCCGUAAUUUUUUUUUCUCUAUCUCUGGCACGCGAAUUUCAGUAAAAUGCAUCUGUAAAGGACUUAAAAACUGUCAAUGUUACUUGUAUUUACUUGACCCGUUGUCGAGCUUGAUUCAAUGAUUUACCGAUUGAGAAGAUUUUCCAUUUUUGAAGUUAUAAUGCAUGGUUCAAUUUGACUUGUUACCAUCCCCCCGGGCAACUCCCGGGACAAGUUCAGCCCUUCGGGCCCGGGGUGGAGAAUUCUUUGAAGCGGUCCUGUCCCAGGGGUAGGGGAUGGGGCAAAUAAAAAAUGUCUUCUCGUGAUUCUUCGAAGUACAUAUCAUUUCUCGCGCAGUUGACACGAUGGUUGCGGACCUCAAGACUGCGUAUUGUUAAGGAAAAACGCAGGAAUUUGUCAGAGGCUGGUUGGAGAGGAAUAACCUAUCAAAAUCAAAGUAUGUAUAUGUAACGGUAUGUUUUAAAAUUUGAAAGGAAUGUGCGUAUGAUGCGUACUCAAACUGAGUUUAUUCUUCGGUAAAGAAGGACAGAAAUAUUUCUUCAGCCUAGCUCUAAAGAUAAGAAAAAUUACAUGAAAACGGAUACAAGGCUUUUGAUAAAGUACAUAGAUAAACAGAGUUUCAGUCCAGUUUUCCUAUGAAGUGUUCUAUCAAGGAGCCGCUUUUUUAAGAGUUUUCGUCUUCGUUUUCAUUUUCUAAUUUAAUGUUCGUGUUUUAACUACAUUAUGACGUCCGUUAUCCUUCUCUCAAUUAACUCUGGAAAACGUUUAUAAAAGUUCUGUAAACGUGUCGUUUAGCUUUUGUACGGGAUCAAAACGAUAUACCAAAAAACGUUUAAUUAUGAGGUCGAUCAGGGGCUCGGCGGUGGGGAGAUGUCUAUUUCUGCGUGCCCUGGGGUGGGGUCAGACCUCCAAGAAAGAAAAAAAUUGCAAAUCCCCGGGGGGGGCCAUGGUUACAGGUCAAAUUCAACCAUGCAUAAGAUGCGGUAAGCCUGUCGAGUUUCAGAUAGAGCUUCAUGAAAAAACCUUAAUUUCUCAGACGCUUCGCGGGUAGCUUAUGGUGCAAGGCCAGGUCCGUACAGUUCAUUACUGAUUGGCAAGCCCCACCUAGCUCUUUUAAAGGAAACAACCAUCCCUGUAUUAAAGUUAAGCGGCUGCCCACUAAACAAGGUCUUGACAAAGGAGUUAGAGUAUCUGGCCGAUAGAGCCACUUUUUAAACGGCAAGUAUGACAGUGAUAAACUACAUUGCAAAUGAGUCAAAGCGUUUUCACAACCAUGUCGCCAACUGCGUUGCCUUACGAACUCACAAUGGUCAGCUCUUCAGUUGGCUUUAUUAGCUUAAAGGAUAAAGGGAUAGAGUUUCGCUUGAAGAUCAGGACAUUCCUUAUUUUCAAGUCGUAACCUGUCAAACAUGACUGCGAGCUGUAAUUCAGUGUUUGCUACUGCACCAUGCUUGCGACAUCGGUCGAGAAAGGAACGACCGCGCAGCUUCAGAACAGGGGGGAUUGGGACCUCGAACUAAAAUACCGGAAAUUGUCGCCUGUAAGCCCUGGGCUUGUUCAUCUUUAUAAGGGGUUUUAGCAGGAUUUAUAAACGGAGGGGCUUAUAUCCGAGGCCGGGCGCUUAUACCCGGGCUAGAAAAAGCCCUUUGAAACAAGCUCGGGUAGUGCUUUUUGCAUUUACUGGUUUUUAAUUAGGCUUCAAAAGGUCAAAAUAAAAAGAAUUCAUUUCAAUACAAGUUAGAGGGGGCUUAUAAUGGGAUGUAUUUUUUUUGUUUACAGCGAGUGUUUCCUAUAACUGAGGGAAGUGCUUAAACGCGGCAGUUUACAUCAUUAGGAUUUUUGCGUACAUUUCUAAGCCAACAACGACUUGAUUAAUCGUAUUAGCCAUAGAUGUAAUAUCUGACUGCUUCCUUCUCGCGGACUGAUGGCUGAAUUACACUGAACGGAAUAGGUCAGAAAUUUGCAUUAGUAUAAACUUUACAUGCCAAAUGCAGACAGUAACGAUAAUUAAGUAGAUAAAUGAAGCUAUAUUAUUUAAAGUAUAGUGGUCCUGGUAUUUGCUGGUACAACAGAAGCCAAAGCGAUGAGUAAAAAGUUGAUAAAGUGGUUGCAUCACUGUAGUGCCAAGACUAAAAGCAGUACUGCACACUGUUAUGAAGUAGAUGAACGGAUGAGAUUCAAGUCCAGGUAGGACCUGCCACUAAGCACAACGAAAAUUAACCUCAACGAAACACACAAGCAAAGUUUCAUUGCAGGAAUACUGACAACAGAUUUAGGUGGUUCUUUCAUACGGUAAUAUUUCUUUUCCAAUAACAAACAAAAAUGCAAUUUCAAAUAUUUUCUUUGGCACUGAGAAUAAGAGGGUCAAGCAUUUGCUGUUCCAACCAUUUGGCUCAGUUCUUCUUCAGGAGGUUCUUUAUCCACAGUUUCAAGAGUCCGUUGAAGUUUUGUUUCCGGGAGACUCAUACAAAGUAUACCCGCAAGCAAAGCAUUGAUUCCCAUGAUAGCGAAUGGCAGCAACGGAUGGACACGAUUCUACAAAGACAAAUUACACACACGUCAGGUAACAUCUACAACAGCAACGUGUUCAUCCUCUCCUGCCGUUUGGCAUCAUGGGUAUCAACGCUUUGAUUGCCGCGCUACUAUGCAUGACAUUACCGGAAACGCGUAACCAACCAACUUUGGAGACCUUU